CUGCUCUUGUGGUCUUAAUGGAGUUUGAUGAAGCUCAAACUGUAGUUUAGUCCGGGAUAGUUUUCCGCAGGCGUUUUUCUUCAUUUGUGUCGCUUCUGUUCUCGCUGGAAGCGUGUCUGAAGACCGAGGCCCCACAGAAUGAGAGAAAGCAGCGUCUGAGUUCGUGUGAUGGAGAGUGUUUCAGGAGGAGAGCUCGUAGAUGAUGGAGGAGUGGAGCUCGUGGAGCUGGUUUUGACUGGAGGCUCUCCGUGGGGCUUCACUCUCAGAGGAGGACUGGAGUAUCACGAGCCGCUGCUCAUCACCAAGGUGGAGAACGGGAGUCGAGCGGCGCUGGGUCGAGUCCAGAUCGGUGAUGAGAUAAUCAGUGUGAACUCGGUUCUUCUCAGCGGUUACAGACUGGAGGCCAUUUGUCUGGUGAAAAGCUCACAUAAGACGCUCUCUCUGGGAGUAAAACGGAGGAAUGAAUCAUCAUGUAGACCCCAUUCGUGGCACUCCGCUAAAUCCACAGAUAACCCCACCAUCGACACCCCCAAAUCUGAACCUAACCCUGCACCUGACCCCACUUGGCAGACAAAAUAUGUUGCAGGGUCACCCUCAAAAGAAUUCACCAGCUGUUGGGGACAGACCAAUCUGCGACAAGUAUCCUGCCAGUUAAGCUCUGUGGGAAAUAUGGAAAGUGUAGAGCCCUCAUCUCACGCUUUCUCAAAAGAGCAGCCUUUAUUGAGCAAAUCCACUGGUGGAGCAGAUCACCCAGUGCUUGAGAGUGCCAUCAGCAAACCUACUUCUGCAUGUAACCCGUUUUUAUCAGGCACAGCUGACCAUAGUGCACCUCGGGCAAGCACAGAAGGGAUGUUUUAUAGAGGCAUUCCCAGUGAUCAAGGAGUUCCCAAUGACUUCCAUAGAUACCUACAGAUCCCAAUUGGCAAUGGUGGACGAGUGAGUCCCAGCGUGGAGGAGCAAGCUAGCUCCAAAUUGUCCUCCAAUGGGAGAUCCAACCAUAGACCUGUGUGGCAUAUCCCUGAGAACAAGAUGUCCACUACUCAAGCUCCUUCUCCACCCUUGCGUAGUGAUAGUUUCACUGCCACCAGAGUUCAUGAGAAGAGCUUGGUGGGAUCGUUCCCUGAAGGACUUUCUGUUUAUCCGUCACAGAAACCUUACUGCAGAGCUGUGGACGGGCAUGAAGCAAGACCCAGCUACAAUCCACCUCCAAAUAAUGACUUUCUUCAGCCGUAUCUUUUGGUUGAGGACUACCCUAAGCAGAUAAUCCCUUCCAAACUCUUUUCCAAGUCAAGCACUGAUGUUAGACAAGUCCAGAACCCAUUUACAUAUGAACUUCAGCAUCAGAGACAGCACAGCGAUGAUGGUACCUUUUCUGCGUACCCCAACUCUGCAUGUUCACCAAAGACCCAAAGUGUUGGGAGCUACUAUCGAAGUCUUCAAGAUUUGCCCACCAACACUGGUAGUCGAAACCAAACCAGAACCUCCAUGGCUUUUGACCCUAACCAUGAGGGCCAGGCUCAUUUCCGUUACUACUGCAUCACUGCCCCGCAGGCAACCUUGGAAUCACCUAUGCCGGGUUGGUUGGGAGAUGAACGGAGAUCUAAAAUGGGAACCACCCAAAGUGCCACAAACAGAACCUUUGUUGGUUCUCAAAAGGUUGUGAAGACAAAGUAUCCCCAGCCAUAUCUCAGUGUACGUGAGAACAAGAGCUCCAACGGUUACAGCAAGCAGGCCAUCAGUACUCCUUUAUCUCAAGCCAUGUCCCCUGUACCAAAUCAUCUAAUUUCAAAGUCCAGCUCUGGGGAAAGAGAGACUCCAAAGAAGAAAGAUGGAGUUAAGCUGCAGUCUUCCAGGCAUGUACCAAAUCACCAGAUGGAGCAGAAGAACUCUGUGUCCACUUACCAACAGGACAAUCCAUGGAUCAGCAAGCAGGAUCACAAAAUCUGUCCACACAAGACACCCAUGUUGCACUCUUUGGCCCAGGAAAGCAAGAAGAUGGCAGAAAAAUCAGUAACGGUCAAAGGAGGUAGUCAAGAAUCAAGUGAUGCCAAACAGGGAAGAAGGAGUGACCGCUAUGCCACAACUCUACGCAACGAGAUCCAACAGAAGAAGGCCCAGCUUCAGAAAAGCAGAAGUGCCGCUACCUUGACCUGUUCAAGUGAAGUUGAGGAGGACUCUGACAUCUGGAAGUCCAAUGAGACCUCCACAUCAUCAUCUGAUGGUUCCUUCACCAACACUUACAAGGAUCAUCUGAAGGAAGCCCAAGCCAAAGUUCUGAAGGCCACAUCGUUUAUGAGGAGGGACCUAGAGUUUCCUGGGAACGAAGUUGCGCCGGGUCAACUUUCCAAAAAAACUGGGCCUGUUCAAGGGCAAGUCACCCGCAUUGGGGGGCGUAAAAGGUUUCCAGUGGAUAAAAAGAUACAUUCCUUCUCUGAACCGAACAAGAUCAAUGAAGUAGGAGUUGAGGAUAAGGCAGCUGGGUCCUUUGUGGACCGACAUAAGUUCUUCGAAGAUUCUUCCAAACCAGUUCUCCAAAAGCCCAUUCCAAAGCAAACCCUGUUAAGCCCAACUGAAGACCACAGUGAGAGAAAGACUAGAUUAACUGGAGACAGUGAAAGCAUCAGUCAGUCUCCCUUAAAACAGAGUAAAUCAAGUCAUGCUGACCUUAAUACAGAAGAGCAGCAACGGCUCGGUACAUUUGCGGAAUAUGAAGCUACAUGGAACAUGCAGAAGAAGCUAGUGGAAAGAAGAACAACAGGCAGAUAUCGUUCAGCUGAAAACAUCCUGGACUCAGGCUUGGAGGAAUCCAACAGCACAGUGUGUAUUCAUGAAAGAUCCCGUUCCUCCCCUUCUGCUGACUUCUACGGACAGAAAAUUCCUCUGCCACCCAGUAAGUCUCCUGUUGAAUCUCCGCCUGAACCCAAGGACCAACAAGAGACAAGUAUCUCUAGUGUAUCCGAAAAAGAGCAUGAUCCGCUCAACAGCUCCAAGCCUCGAAAGUCCAUCACACUGAACGUUCUGGAAAGUGAUGUGAUGCCGCUUUCCUCCAACCAGAAACCCAGACUUGAUACCAGGCAUUCUCCACCAUUUCUACAUCAUCUCCAGGUUCCAAUGGCAGAGCAGCUGUUUCAUAAAAACAAAAGUCCUGAACCACAGAGGUCUGCCCAACCCAAACAGCUGGAAACUACAUGCCCUUUCAGAGCAUCCCAGGAAGUUAGGGUUCAGACCAAUUCCCCAGAGCCAACUCAAGGACCAUGUCCUUCAGAACAUCUAGAGAGAGACAAAAGCCCAACCGCUGCACCAGAGGACAAUCAGAGAUCAGAGACCGAGGGGAUGUUAUCACACACUCAACAUCUUUUAGGUCAUUCCUCCAUUUCUCCCAAACAGAACGUUGACCUGACAGUAACCUCAGCCAGCAGAACGCAUUCUCCUUCUCCUCAGUUCUCUCCACAGAGGCUCACAGAUGAACCACCUGCAACUGUGCAGAAAAAGGAUCCAUGCAGUAAUAGGAUAGAGGAAACAUCAGAGCCAAACACUUCUGGGCGGAAGGUCCCCAUACAGAUCGUCUGUACAGAAAAUAGUUCAGAGAGAGAAAACCUAAACUAUCCGCCACAUGUUGAAUCAUCUGGAGGUUCUGAGGUGCCUAAAACUGGCCAACUAAAAAAACUAGAUUCUCCAGAGAAAUCAAAGUCACCGUUUAUUGCCUACACCCGCCCGGAUCCAAGCAAAAAUGCAGAACAUAAGACUGACAAGAUGGUAUUAGACAAUGAAGUGCGAUUGAGGAGCAAUGAUGUGGACGAACACUCAGAGGAGGACCUGAAACGAGAAGAGCUGGCCAGAGAUAUCAUGGGGAAGGACAAGAGUCUGGUGGACAUCUUGGAUCAGAGUAAAAUGAAGACAACCAUGGAUCUGAUGGAGGGGAUAUUUCCACAGGGGGGGCAGCUCUUGGAGGGAGCACAGCAGAGGAGGAAAGCAGCCUCCAAACAGACAUCCCCCAAAAAUACACAGCAGAGGCUGGAGGACAAUUUGGCAUCAUCAGUGUCAUUAGUGAGCAGUUCGUCGUAUUAUAGCACAUCUGCACCUAAAGCUGAGCUGCUCAUAAAGAUGAAGGACAUGCAGGAACACAUGGAGGAACAGGAUUCAGAGGAUGAACUCGAUUAUGACCUCUCCAACAAGAAGCAAGAGUUGAUUGACAGCCUAAGUAAGAAGCUGCAGGUGCUGCGAGAGGCGCGUGAAAGCCUGCAGGAAGACGUGCAGGACAAUAACAUUCUGGGAGAGGAAGUGGAGGCCACUGUACAGACUGUCUGCAAACCCAACGAGCUGGAGAAGUUUCGCAUGUUCGUCGGCGACCUGGACAAAGUGGUCAGUCUGCUGCUGUCGCUGUCCGGUCGACUGGCCCGCGUGGAAAACGCCCUGGACAACCUGGAGGAGGGAAUAUCACUAGACGAGAAGCACACUUUGACUGAGAAACGCAAACUGCUGAUUCGCCAGCACGAAGACGCCAAAGAGCUGAAGGAGAACUUGGACCGAAGGGAACGUCUGGUUUAUGAGAUUCUGGGCAGUCACCUCAGCGAAGAGCGUCUCGCAGACUACCGGCACUUCGUCAAAAUGAAGUCAGCGCUCAUCAUUGAGCAGCGUAAACUGGAGGAUAAGAUCAAACUGGGAGAAGAGCAGCUCAAAUGUCUGAAGGACAGUCUGCCGCUGGACCAGAGACUGCUGUACUGACCUCUGGACUGGACUGAACUAGAUCAAGUUCAGCCUGGACUCUCAGACUCUUGUUGGAAAGCAGAAGUAUUUCUGUAUCUGCUUCUGUGCAUUGGACAGAUUUUUAAUCCGCUUUAAAAGUACUUUUCAAGUGUCUGUACUCUAUCAGAGUGUUUUCUUUAGAAAACUUUACUUCACAACAUUCCAAAGCAUAAUAUUGUACUUUUUCCUGCACUACGUUUCAUAUUAAAUAUCAUUUAGUACUUAAUUACAUUAGAAAUCUAGUACUUUCUUUCUUUUACUCAAGUAAAAAUAAUUCAGAGAUUUACUUGAGGACAAGAACAUACUACGUUUUUAAUGUUCUUAAGUAUUAAAGGUAAAAAAAACAACUUUUAUUUAUGAAAUGUGCGACAUUGUGCUUUGGAUUGCAGUGAAGUAAAAGUUUUCACUCUGAUAAAGUAAAUAAAUUUACUUGAGUAAGGUAAAAAUGCUUCACUACUGUCCACUUCUUGCACUGGAUAGAUUUAUUACCAUCCACACAAAAUCAUUCUUAUAUCAGUUCUGCGCUUUUCGUUGAUUCCAGUUUUCUUUAAAAUAGCAUUUUAGUGAAUUCAUGCUUUGAAUCCCUGUGCUAUAAAACAAUCCCUCCCGUUUUUUUUAAAGGAUCUUAUAAAGUUUUUUCUACCUGUAUAUUGUACACGUUUAAUUUAUUUUGCUGCUGAAAGCUAAUGGUGCUAUUAACUGAAAGGAUAGAUCUGCCUAUUCUUGAAUAGAUCCACACUGAAAGCUGUUUUACUCAUUUUCAUGUACUUUAAAUGUUUUAAAUGCUUUCCUGUUGGUUUGUUUUUAACAUCAUUAAAUAUCAAUCAUUAAUAGGAAGGGAGGUUCAGAAUAUCUCUACUCGUAUCUGAAAUAUAAAUCUGUGAACCAGAAAAAUAAUUUGCGAUAUACUGUUCAUAAACACGCUUGCAGUGCAUUUCUGCUGCAAUAAAUUGGAAUAAACAUAAAAAUAUGUAUAGCAACUUUUGUUGUUGCUCUUCAUAGUUAUGGAUGUGGAUCCAGUUUAUUCAUCUGUCUGAUACCAGACUUGCUCCAAGGAAAUGAUUCAUCAAUGUUUGCUGUAAACAGGAAUAUAAUCAAGUUAUUUCAUGACCCACCCUCAUGAUUUUAUGAUCUUUAUGAGUCACUGUGUUUUCCAAUAUGAGGCGAAUGAUCUCAGACUCCACAUUGUUUGAUUUUAUGAUGUUGACGGUGAUCGUGAGCCAUGGUCAAUCAUUCACAGAAACAUAUUCACCAGCUUAUUUGCCCUGGAUUUCUGAGCAGCAGGAAGUUGAGUUUCAGACGGUUUCCAUUCCAGCGGCGAGCGCUGAAGAUGAAGGAAAUGCUGAGAGAAGAUUGACUUGUACAUGAAGAGAAACUCACGGAUCAGUGGAUUGGGUGCUGAUAUGAGGGAUGUGUGAGAGCUUUGUUUGCCAGGUUUCUUAGAGACACCUUUGGUUAGUUAAACCCACAACAAGCAAUUAACUCCAUACAGACCUGCUGCAGUCACGUUCAGCCGCUUCAGAGAGACGAUCGAGGCUCUUCAC